CCUUCUCUCUUUUUCCAGUAGUGCCCAUUUAGCUUCGCAAGAAAAAACAACAACAAAUUAUGCAUCCUGCAAAAGCAAACAAGAUUGAUUUAAGUCAACUCAAUGAGGAAGAGCGGAAACUGUUUCGAAUGUAUGGCAAGCUUCCUGAUCGCAAGGAUCUCUUGGGCCAUAAAUUAAAGGAGCGCAAGUACUUUGACUCCGGUGACUAUGCAUUGUCAAAGGCGGGCAAGGAGCCCGAAGUAGCGAUCGGAUCAGAACAUCCAUCGCCAGACACGAUUCCUCAUUCGAACCCAAACUCAAGCUCCAGCUCAAGCCCUGUCAAGGAGAGCCCACUUGUUCCCGAUACUGCUGCUGGUGGUGCCACGACAACGGAGGAAUCCAACAAACCGACUUUGACCCCCAAACCAGAUACCACCACGAUCGCUCAGCAGCAAUAAAAUAAAAAAGAAUGUUGUGUGUUU